UGGACCAUUAUCUCACCGUGAAGGGGAAAAAUCAAGUUCGUUCGCAAAUUCACAAUCAGCUGUGUAUGAUUGUCUCUCGCGGCCAAUGGGAGGCGAGGCAAUUAACAUCCCAACACCGAUUGAUUAAAAAAAACUGUGGAGCUGGGGUGUUGUGAGACGGCCAUUUUAAGGUGAAGUAGGUGGUGAACUCGAGACUCAAUGGACUACAGUUGAUGGGUAUCUCGCACACAGGCUUCUAUUUCUGUACAGGUUUGUUUCCACACAGCGUGACGAGGAACUUUCGGGAUUGAUUUUCACCCUUUAAGGAAUUGCUCAAAAAACGUUGGCGUUUGGACAUUUUCUUGCCACCCUCAAGUGUUCAGGGCACGCCGUUCAGAAACAAUUUUCUAUCUUGCGUAAUGGGUAUAUAGACGGAAUAGACUGCAAGCGUGUCCUUGACUUUAACCAAGUGCCUGAACCACAUUGUCUGAGAUUCAAAUCAAGGAGAAUGUCGGAGCGAUCUCAGAGCCCUAUUUCGGAUUGCAACAGCCGGCCGGAUGACUUCAGCCGACCCAUGUACGCCCAGGCCUUGAGUCAAGAGGCGUUUGGAGGCACGUCGCUCCAGAUCCCUCACGGCGUUCUACAGCACCACAGUCUUCUAUUCAACAAGACUGCAUACAAUGGGUUGCCUCCAACACCUCAAACCUUUUUCCAAUUCCCACCAGUUGGUGGUGACUAUAGGGCUUCCGAUUUACAAGCCGGUGACUUUUGCCAACCCAAACACUGGUAUCCCAUCGCUGCUCCCGAAUACACCGGCCAAGUACCGAGGGUUGCAGUGACUACGCAGGCCACAAACCUGAGCCCACCCAUUGCCGAAGUCAGGGAACAAAUCAAAAUGCCUAAUAUAAAGCUUGAGAAGGAUGUCAAUGACGAGUGUGAGGUAAAGAUUCAACAGUAUCCAACUCCGUCGUCCGCUGUGGCUCAAGGGGUUUACUACUCGACCCCAUGGAACCCCUCGUUUUGGCCUGGCCUUCCCCACAUCACUGCUGCGAGUUCCAAUACUCAAAACUUUAACUCCAUACCCUCAACAUCGUCUUCAACAUCCCCAUCGCUCUCGCCGUCACCCCCCAGCAAUGGGUUACCCGGGAUCCCGUUCAACGGGAGCGCAAGCCAAGGUGCCCAAGCGCCCCAGGCGCAAACCCAAAGCAAUGGAUCCUCCAGCGGUGGGUGCAGCGACUCGGAGGAAGAGGAGAACCCUUCAACUGAGGAGCUGGAACAGUUUGCCAAGGAGCUGAAGCACACGCGUAUAACACUGGGUUUCACACAAGCAGAUGUAGGAAUGGCUCUAGGCAACCUUUAUGGCAAGAUGUUCAGCCAGACUACAAUCUGUCGUUUCGAAGCCCUCCAGCUCAGCUUCAAGAAUAUGUGCAAGCUGAAGCCCCUGCUUCGGAGAUGGCUGAAUGAGGCUGAGAGCUCUGACAACCCUCAGGAUAUGUACAAGAUCGAGCGGGUGUUUGUGGACACCAGGAAGAGGAAGCGGCGGACCAGUCUGGAGGGUUCGGUGCGCACGGCUCUGGAGUCCUACUUUAUCAAGUGCCCCAAGCCCAACACCCAGGAGAUCACACACAUUGCAGAUGACCUGUGUCUGGAGAGAGAUGUGGUGCGUGUGUGGUUCUGUAACCGCAGACAGAAAGGCAAGCGCCUGGCCCUCCCUUUCGAUGAGGAGUGUGAAGGACAGUACUACGAGCAGAGCCCACCUCCCCCGCACAUGACCCACUCCCCCCCUCCCUGGGCAGGGGUACCACCUAUCCAGCCACACCGGGGCCCCCACUUUUUACAUGCCCCCCUCCAGAGGCCAGAUGUCUUUAAGCAGGCCCUGCACCCUGGACUGGUGGGUCACCUGACCAGCUAAACGUGUUCCAGUUCUCCAAACCAGCUGUGGCCAUGUGGCCUCCCUUUCCCACCCAACAUGGCUAUUAUCUACCUCUUCAUUCCACCAGUCCCUCCCAACCAAGGAUGUUGUCCUCUGUAUCCAGUUCCUCAACAAUGGGGAGGAAGUCAAUCAAAGGCGAAUACAGUAAAGAAAUGCUGCAAAUUCCUGGUCUAUUUGAAAGUGUUCAUCGGUUUAGGGCCUUGCCUCCCACCCAGUUCAGCUACAAGUAAUCUGCACAGCACUGAAUGCUCCAUCCUGCACCAUGGGGAGGGAUUGGCUCUGAAUAUCUGCUGUGAGAUUAUGCUUUUGCACAAAGUUGUCUGACCUUUUUUUUUUUUAUAUUUUAAAAAUGAGAUUUUUUUUCUUUAUCUUGAAUAUCCUUGUGCUGUCUUACUGCUGCAGUUCGUCCAGAGGUUAUCUAUUAGAUGACCAUUGUUUUACCUACUAUUUCUUUAAAUAUUCUUUGCAUUCUUGUCCAGAAGGUAUAGUGGAAGUAUACAAAUACAUUUUUUGAUUGUCUUAAAAAAAUCCUGCCAUGUUUGUUACCCAUGUCUGUAUUGCAUAUGUUGCCUAACUGUUUUUAAUCUAAUAGUAGCCAUUGCUGUAAGGGGAUUAACCAAUGUGUUACUUAUGUUAACAUGAUCAUCAGGGACCUGUAUUGUUAAUGGUUUUCACUGUUACAGCGCUGAUUACAUCACCACUCGUACACAAACUUGAUCAAAACAAAUCUGAAAUGGCCAUCCUGCGCAGGCACAAUCUAGUGCCUUUAUGUGUAGUUGAAAUGACUUCAUCUUGUAUGUGACUCAAAUCUCUUGACUAGAGAUAUUUACACAAUCUCAUGUUUAUAAAUAAAAGCAUAUUUGAUAAUUUAUUG